AUGGUAAAAGAAAUGGGUAAGGUACAUAAAAACAUUGAUGUUUUCGGUGGCGAUCCCGGUCGAAUAACUCUGUUUGGUGAGUCUGCGGGAGCAGCAUCAGUAAUUUUGCAAGGUUUGAAAAAAUUGAAGUAUGACAGUAAGGCUGUCUGCGUGAUCGUCACAGUCAGCAUAAAAGUGGGUUUCAGAUCUGAUAAUAGAAAUCGUGAGGUCACAUAUCUACCUAUAUCAAUAAGGCAUCGCCAACAAGUCGACCAAGAGAAAAAAAAAGAAAGAAUGGAGUAA